GUUAAUGUUGAUGACACUCGCAAAGAAGACACGGGAGUUGAAGAUUCGGGAACAGAGAAAGGGACAAUAAUGAUUAAUUGUGUGAUUAAUUUACAGCUCAGACAUUGACUCAGCUGUGAAAUAUACGCACUGCAACAACAACAACAUAAUGUCAGCAUCACGCCUCGUUUUGCAGUGUAGUUUGUUGGUGUUAUUACACGGCGUUUACGUGGAGGGUUAUUCUGAUCCAUCGCUUCCCCUGGAUAGAGCAAAGCGUUCUCCCCAGUCAGCAGCUCCGUUAGCUGCUCCCACCACGGCCAGCCCUACAACACCGUCAGCAACGGUCACACGGCCCCCAAAUAUAAGUGCUGUGAAUGAGACGUUGAUUAACAUCACCAGCACAGAAGCACCCACGACCACAGAGGCUGCUGGUGACAACCUGCCCAAAGAUGGGGCGGCCGCUGAGGAACAUCACAGCAGCAUGACCAUCUUCUUCAUUCUUCUGGUUGUUGCUAUCUGUAUCCUGCUGGUUCACUUGCUCAUCCAGACCAGGUUCCAUUACUUACCAGAGAGUGUGGCCAUCGUCCUCCUAGGUGCCUUGAUUGGUUUGAUAUUGAAGUUUACAAAGUUUGGAAACUGGAGAAAUGAAGAAGCUUUUUCACCUACAGUGUUUUUUCUCAUCCUUCUACCACCAAUUAUCUUUGAAUCCGGCUAUAACUUACACAAGGGUAAUUUUUUUCAGAACAUAGGUUCCAUUUUGGUAUUUGCCAUAUUUGGCACAGUGAUAUCAGCCAUGGUGAUAGGAGGCGGUGUGUAUCUGCUGGGAAAGGCACAGGUAGCGACAGAGCUUGAUGUGGUGGAGAGUUUUGCCUUUGGUUCAUUGAUAUCAGCCGUCGAUCCAGUGGCCACCUUGGCUAUCUUCCAGGCUAUAGAGGUGGACCCUAUACUGUACAUGUUGGUGUUUGGGGAGAGUGUACUCAAUGAUGCAGUCUCUAUUGUACUCACAAAGACAAUGUUGGAGUUCAACACAGUUGUAACAACAAGUGCAGCCGCUGCAGUCUUCCAGGCCAUUGGUAUCUUCUGCCUCAUGUUCUUUGCCUCUGCAGCUAUUGGAGCAGCCUGUGGCCUCAUCAGUGCUAUCGUGCUGAAGAUUGUGGACUUGAGGAAGACGCCGUCUCUGGAGUUUGGCAUGAUGUUGAUAUUUUCCUAUCUGCCAUAUGGACUGGCUGAAGGAAUACAGCUGUCAGGUAUCAUGGCAAUUCUGUUUUGUGGUAUUGUCAUGUCACAUUACACCCAUCUUAACCUCUCCCCGGUCACUCAGAUCACUGUCCAGCAGACGUUCAGAACGAUAGCCUUUAUCGCAGAAACUUGCGUCUUUGCAUAUCUAGGAUUGGCCAUAUUUAGCUUCAAGCAUAUAGUUCGCCCUCCCUUUGUCAUAUGGAGUAUUGCGUUGUGUUUGAUUGGUCGAGCUGUGAACAUUUUCCCAUUGUCCUUCAUACUAAACUACUUCAGAGAGCACAAGAUCACACGAAAAAUGCAGUUUAUCAUGUGGUUCAGCGGAUUGAGGGGAGCUAUUGCCUUUGCCAUCAGUUUACACCUGGAGUUUGAAGAUAAGAAGCGUCAUAUCCUGCUCACAACAACACUGAUCAUAGUUCUCUUCACUCUCCUGUUCCUCGGAGGUUCUACCAUGCCCCUUCUCAAGUUUUUAAAAGCAGAGAAAAAAACAAAGAAAAGGAAGAGACGAGAAAAGAUGGAGGUGUCGCUGAGUAAGACAAAGGAAAUGGGAGAUGCUCUGGAUUCAGAGCACUUGUCGGAACUGACAGAAGAAGAAUAUGAGGUGAAUUUUGUGAAGCCACACCUGAAAGGUUUUCUGAAGAUUGAUGCCAAGUAUCUGAUACCCUUCUUCACACGGAGGUUCACACAACAAGAGGUGCGCGAGGGCAGGAACCAGAUAAAUCACCUGACCAAUAAGUGGUACAAGGAUGUGCGCGCUGCUCCGUCUGAAUCCGAGAAUGAGGAGGAAGAGGAGGAAAACGAGGAGGAAACGAGGAUGAUGAUGCACAACUAACAUGCUACGCUACAUGUAUUAGUGUAGUAUAUGUACAGGUUUGUGUACUACGUGACUUAUAGACAGCUACAGAGGGGUUCGUGUAUGCAACGAGGUGAACCUGACCCUGGGGUUUCAGCAUUAUUUCAGUCAUAUCACCGUAUUAUUUUAUUUGAUUAGUUAUGUAUGCAGAGACUUCCUCUUCCCACUUUGGAAUUUUGAGGCUUUGCAAAUGUCUGGGAACAAACAUGAGAAAAUAUUUCCUAAAAAUGGAAAAUUUAAAUCAAUAAAUGAACAUUAGAUAUUAAAAACAUCAGGUGAUACACCUAAAAAGCACAUAUUAUAUUUAGCAUUUAAGGGAAAAGGCAACCAAUUUAUUGUUAUUAUUUUUACUUAUUACUGUUAGCAUGCAAAGUAAUUAUGUCCAUUGUAAAGUGAGAGCUAGUACUACAGGUUAAACCCAAUCAAUCACGAGAGACAGACAACAUUAGUGCUGACAGACGAUGCACAACUUAAGAUCACAAUUGUCGUGUUGACUGCUUGUAAGUUCCUUGUGUUCUCCUGACAUGAGCAAUGUCUUUUACUGUCCCUUUGUGUCAGGACGUUUAUGUUUAUGUUAUCGUUUACAUAGAAAAAUGCAUUUACAACUUUGGAUUCUACUGUAGCGUUUUCUGACCAUGUGAUGUCACUUCAGCUUUUUGCCGCUUGACUGAUAGAUUGAUAUACUUCAUCAUUCAAAAUGUAUCUUCAUUUAGAGGUACGAAUGAAUUUGUAAGGUGGACCUUGAAAGGAACUAUUUCCAGCCAAAACUAUUGCUGUGACGUCACUGAUACCCCUGGGUCCCAACAGAGCACCAUAGAAUCCUUUGUUUUAAAUGCAUUGGUAUAAUUGGUCAGUUACAAAAAUUCUAAGAAACAUAAAUCAAACUAUUUUCCUGGACCAUGUUUAAUGGUAUUUCAUGUGAUAAAUACUUCCUAUUAGUGUUUUCUUUGCCAUUAAGUUUCACUUCGAAUGUGUUGCCGUUUAGGUCCAGGUGCUAAUAUUCUCACCUUGACUGUUGUGCUAAGUUUACCUGUAACAGUUGUGACAUGAGCGAAGUGUGUUGUGGAUAACAUCAGUCAAAUGUGUCAUCAAGGGGGAGAAAAAGUCUCAUCAGAACAUACGAAAAGCCAGUUUGUUGCCAGAUCUUUUCGGUGAUACCAGUAUUAUUACAUCAUGUAUCAAGCAUUAAAACUUUAGAAAUUCUGCAGAUACAGGUAACUGUUGUGCAAACUGUCUGUCCCGUAUGAGUACGAGAUAUCAGGCAUGUAUAUCAGGGACAUAUGUAACAUAUGUAACCAUGUUCUAACCAUGCCCCAAUUCCUCAACCGUUUCACAUAUGAAAGAGCAUCUGUUAAUGCAAUUUGUGCAUGUUUUCAAUAUGAUUUAGAGAUGAAACCACAUUUGUAGGAUUGACCAAUUUCAGGGCUUUACAAAAACUAUAAUUUUACCAGUUUACACAGAAUAAUCCACUCAGAAUUUGCUUGAAUAAACAACUUGCAAACAUGCAGAAGGUUGAAGAAUUACAGAAGCGCAACUUCAACACAUAUACCUACUAACAGGAACUGCGCACGUGUAUUUUGUACCCAAUUUGAUGCACAUCAGUACAGUGUUUAUGUCAGUGAGUAUAAUUUACACCUGUAUGCAUUUAUGAUAUAAUAUAUAUCAUAAUAAUUAUAUGUCUGUAUAUAUAUCUGGUCAGGGACUGGUCUGCAUUAUUGUACAGGUGUGGACUUAUGUCUACUCAUCAUGAUUGUACAGGUGUGGACUUGUGUCUACUCAUCAUGAUUGUACAGGUGUGGACUUGUGUCUACUCAUCAUGAUUGUACAGGUGUGGACUUGUGUCUACUCAUCAUGAUUGUACAGGUGUGGACUUGUGUCUACUCAUCAUGAUUGUACAGGUGUGGACUUAUGUCAACUCAUCAUGAUUGUACAGGUGUGGACUUGUGUCUACUCAUCAUGAUUGUACAGGUGUGGACUUAUGUCUACUCAUCAUGAUUGUACAGGUGUGGACUUAUGUCUACUCAUCAUGAUUGUACAGGUGUGGACUUAUGUCUACUCAUCAUGAUUGUACAGGU